AUGCUACUCUAUUAUUUCGCCAGUGCCGUCAAGUCGGUUCAGUUCCACGUAGAUGAUGACAUCAUCGACAAGCUCAACUAUUACUACACCACCAGCAUUAUUACAGUAUUCGCCAUCCUGGUGUCAGCCAAGCAGUAUGUCGGCUUCCCAAUCCAAUGCUGGGUGCCCGCCACCUUCACCGAGCCGAUGGAGCAGUACACGGAGAACUACUGUUGGGUGCAGAACACCUACUUCUUGCCCCUGCACGACUACAUCCCGCACAACUACGCGGAGAGGGAGAAUAGGCAGAUUGGAUACUACCAAUGGGUCCCAUUCGUGCUCGCACUCGAAGCCUUGCUAUUCUACGUUCCGACGAUCGUGUGGCGGUUACUCAGCUGGCAGUCUGGAAUCCACGUACAAUCCCUCGUCCAGAUGGCGUGCGACUCUCGAUUAUUGGACAACGAGUCGAGGAAGCGAGCCCUCAACACGAUAGCAACAAAUGUUGAGGAAGCUCUGCACGUCAAACAUCAAGUGAUGGCCGGCAACAAGUUCAAGCUCCUCAACCUCAUCAUCUGCACCCGGUCCAGCGGGGCCGCCGUCACUUUUCUUUAUAUUUCAGUAAAAAUUCUCUACACCGUCAACAUCAUCGGCCAAAUAUUCCUCUUGAACACCUUCUUGGGGAACCGGAGUCGGUGGUACGGACUGCAGGUUCUCAACGAUCUGAUGAACGGACGCGAGUGGGAAGAGUCGGGUCACUUUCCCCGUGUUACGUUGUGCGAUUUUGAGGUUAAGGUCCUUGGCAACGUGCAUCGACAUACCGUGCAGUGUGUGUUGAUGAUAAACAUGUUCAACGAGAAGAUCUUCCUCUUCCUGUGGUUCUGGUACUUCCUGCUAGCCGGGGCGACGAUCUGCUCAUUGUUCUACUGGAUCUACAUUUCGGUGGUGCCAAGCAGACAGCUCAACUUUGUCGGCAAGUACCUCACCGGGAUCGAGGGUUACAAGAUGGUGGACUCGCAGUCGCUGCGACGAUUCGUCUUCCACUUCCUCAGACAGGACGGGGUGUUUUUACUGAGGAUGGUGGCGACACACGCCGGCGAGUUGCCCUGCUACGAGCUGGCGAAGAACCUCUGGGAGAACUACUGUGAUAACAAGGAGGGCAAGAUGCACGACGUC